AUGAGUGUCGAGCCCAUCUCUCGCAUUGCGGUGUACUCUAAUAACACCAAUAUGGUCGCACUGUUUAAUAUGUUGCGAGCACUCCCAGCAUACAACGAUAUCACGAAGAGUGCCAUGGAUGUCUUACUCCAAGAUGAUGCACAGUUAUGUGUUGUGCAUAUCCCCGGGAAGGAGAACGUCAUGGCCGAUGCACUGUCUAGGAAACGAUUUGAGCUGGUCAUGGAGCUGAUUCCCAAAAUUCAACUCUCACCUUUUACACCCCCUCGAGAUGCGCUGGGGGCAGCUGCGCAAUGA